AUGCGAUGUAAGUGUGAGACAGAAGCAAAGAUAAACAUGCAUUCCAACCACACAACUAGGAAUGGCUGCCGAGUACAGGAAGUUAUGCAGUUGAUCAAGAAGCAGCUGGUGAACUCCAUCAAGGCACUUCAGAAAAAUUAUGUGACCUCUGAUGCUCUUGUAACAAGUGAUGAUCAAGAUGCUAAUACUCUUUGUUGUGUAUUGGAGGCUGUGUUUGUACAUGGUUUGAAAACUAAGCACAUCAAAGCAGAAAUUGGAGCAAAAGGGAAAAAACAUGGAGGGCGCCUUCCUCAGCCAGUGUUUUGGACUCUGCUAAAAUCUGUCACACACAGAAACAUAAUUUCUGAACUGGAAAACUUGAUCUUCAUCAAUACAGAUGUGGGGCGUUGUCGUGCAUGGUUGAGGCUGGCUCUGAAUGAUGGCCUGAUGGAGUGUUAUCUAAAACUCUUGCUUCAUGAAAAGUCUCAACUCUUUGAAUAUUAUCAUUCAUCUGCUCUGCUUCUGGAUACUGAGGAGGUUGAAUUUCUCCUCAGCUAUUUGCAGGGCUUAUCUUCUUUGGCCUUUGACCUCUCCUAUAAGUCAGCAGUAUUGAACGAGUGGACCAUCACACCUUUAUCCUUGUCAGGCCUUUGCCCUGCCUGGGAACUGUUGGACCCUCUUGUGGGACUGGAACCUCAAAGAAAGGAGUCACUUAGUUCUCUCUCACAAUCUUCUGGCUCUGAUGAAGUUGAAGCUCACCCAGCCAUCCUUCCUGCCCCUAAAAGUGAACAGGCAGAUAAACUCACAGCUUCCAACUUGAGCAUCAGCACAACUGGUUCCUCACAGCUCUCUUCCAGCCUGGAUUCUGACAUUCUUCUCCCAGCCAAUUCUAUCAGCACUCACAGCCCUGCUCAGGAGAAAGAGCCCAUCUCCAAUGACUCUGAAGUGGAGAUGACAACAGCAACAGCAGACUUAGACCAGGACCUCCAAGAGGUGUUAGCAGAAUUUACCAGGACACAGAGAAAGUUGGAAUCUGUAGGAGUUCAUGAAGCACACAUCAUCUCUCAGUCUCCCCCACCAGAGUGCCCCUGCCCUGCCACCAGUUUCUGCACUGUGCACCUUCCUCAUACUGUACUGGCAAAAGGCCCUGUUGACAUCAUGCUACCUGCAAUAAUGAUAAAUUCACAGCUUCCCAAUUUACCUAAGACUGGAGAAUCUGUUAAUAGUACCAGUGUCCAACAGACCUCUAUGCUAACCACAAUAAUUGUGACCAAAGAACCUGUGGAUGUGUCCCAAAUUCAUUGCAACAAGAGAGGAGCUAAAAGCCGGACCGAUGAAGUCAAUGAAAAAAGCUUCUCCAGUUCUCCCAGUACCUCACUAGAGAGGCUUACCAGUACCCAACCUGCUAUGCCAUUGAGAGCCCCAGAUCAAGGCAAGCUCUCUGUAUCCUCAGCAGAGCUCAGCAAACUCAAACUGUCUCCUAGGAGGGAGCUGAAGGGCUUUAGUGUUGUUCAUCGGAGAGAAAUAGGUCUUUCCAAUCCAUUUCGGGGUCUGCUGAAAUUGGGGACUCUGGAACGUCGAGGAGCUCUGGGCAUUUGGAAGGAGUUUUUCUGUGAGCUCUCACCUCUAGAGUUGCGGCUAUUUGUAGACUGUGAGGAGCGAGUAUGUGUAGAAAACUAUUCUCUGCUGAGAUGUGAGUCCUUAGGACGGGCUCACAGUGAUGGGCGCUUUGAGCUGGUCUUUUCCAACAAACGAUUGUGUUUUCGGGCUUCCUCUCGGGAUGAAGCAGAGGACUGGUUGGACCGGCUGCAUGAAGCCCUAAAAAAGUUUAGGCUACAGAAGGAUGGAGGGUGGGAAACUCUAGAGUGCCCUGAGGCUGCAGAGGAUUCUGAGGAUUUCUUCGGAGGUGGACCACCUGGUGACUUGCCUUCCUUCUCGGUGUACAGUAGAACUGGCCCAACUGAGUUGGACUGGUCAUGUGCCUUGAAACCCGAGCUAGAUGCAGUCAAGGAAUCUGUCCUGUACUUGGAAGUUGAGAAAGCAUGGGUCCCUUUGGUGUUCUCCCUGUCCUUAGAAGCCUUGAAAUGCUUCAAAGCCAGAAAUGAUAAAAAGAUACUGAGCAACAGCUUUGGAAUUGAGACCAUCCAAGAUAUCCUGCCAGAUGUGAGCUUGGGUGGACCUUCAUUCUUCAAGAUCAUCACUUCAAAAGCAGUGCUGAAGUUGAGAGCUGAGAACACAGAGGAGGCAACUGAUUGGCGAGACCUGGUCCGCCGGGUGCUUAUGUCCUACCUUGAAAUGGCUGAGGAGGCCCUCACACUUGGAGGCCAUCUGGAUGGCAGUUCACAGGCAAUCCUGAAGAAUACUGUUAAGGAAAAUGGAUAUUUGCUGCAGUAUCUGAUUGCCAUCCCCAUGGAGAAAGGCCUGGACUGCCAAAGUUUCAUAUGUGCAGGCUGCUCCAGGCAGAUUGGCUUUUACUUUGUGAAGCCUAAGCUGUGUUCAUUCACUGGCCUCUAUUUCUGUGACAAUUGCCACCAAGAUGAAGAGUCUGUGAUACCUUCACGUCUAAUUCAUAACUGGGAUCUUUCCAGAUAUCCGAUUUGUUGCCAGGCUCUGAAAUUCCUAGCCAAAAUUCAAAAUCAACCCUUGAUUGACCUGAAGCUGGUGAAUGAAACCCUCUAUGACCACGUAGAGCAAAUGAGACAGAUUUUUCAGAAUCGUGAGCAGCUGAAGCUACUGGGUGAUUACCUUGUCCUUUGUCGCAGUGGCGCCCUGAAGGAGAUCAGUAAGAGGCUUGACCACCGGCACUAUCUCCUGGAAUGUCCCCAUAAAUACAGUGUGGCUGACCUGAGGCAGAUAGCAGAUGGUAUAUUUGAAACUUUUCUUCAGUCGCUGAUCCAAUUUGCCUCUCACCAUGUGUAUAGCUGUGAUCUUUGUACUCAGAGGGGCUUCAUCUGCCAAAUAUGCAACAAGAAUGACAUCAUCUUUCCCUUUGAAUUUGAUACAACCAGCAGGUGUAGUGAGUGCAAGACUGUCUUUCACAACAGUUGUCAGGCAAAUGCCAAUUUCUGUCCUCGUUGUGUCCGCCGGCAGAAAUAUCAGGAACUGCAAGAAUUCCUUUGGAAAUGAUCUCAACCGUGCCAGUCCUUUGGAUCAGAUUCUGGAAUUGGAUAAAAAUUCUGGAAUUGUCCAGAAGGCAAUUGGGAAACAGAAGCUUAGGAUCAAUAGAAGGCCACUGCCAGCUGCACACUUUCUGUUCGGAUUAUAGUCCUACAACAACCAGAGCACCUUGCCAUCAGCUCUGGGAAAGGAGCCCACAGAGAUACUUCUUUGAAUUCACCCAUUAUUGCCAUUAAUUUUCAUGCAUUCCUGCCUUCCCAGGCAAAUUCAUCCUUAUCCUGACAUUUGGUGAUUACUGGAUAUAUUAAAGGGAUAUGUAGCAAGAACUCCUAAAAAGACUGAAAUUAGUGCAUGUGUCUUGAUUUAAAUUGCCAGAGAAAAGGAAUUUUAUUUUACCUUUAACAAAUGCACUUUCCAGCAGAUUUCUCGUGCCUUCUACACUUUGCAGACUGCUUUUAAAAUGUCUUGUGCCAAAAUAGCUGCUGAAUUCUUUAGAAAGGCACUCCAUCCUUGGUGUCCUACUCAAGCAAAGUGACCUUCUUAUAAAUAAGCUAUUAUUCUUCUCUUUUAAAAAAAAACGCUCAAGUGUAUUCCAAACUUGAUUUUAAUAUUUUCUUUUAUUCUCCUAUGCAGAUAAUUAGCUUUAUUUAAUAAACAACAGAU